UUUAGCUUUUGCGAAGCUUAUUAUUACAACUCCGAAAAACCUGGUUGGUGAACAGAACUCUGGUAAGGGGAGAAAAGUAUAAAAUGCGCAACAACAACUAAAACUCACACCAAAUCCAGAAUCGAGAAUCCAGAAUCCAGAUCAAAACCAACAAAAAUCUUCUUUGACAAAAUUGAGAUUGUUUGAAGACUGUGUGUUGCAGGGGAAAUACUGAAGAGAGAGAAUUUAGAAAAUCAAAGAAAUCUGGCAAACGUAGGAGGGUUAAGUUUGCGGGCAAGAUCGUCACUGAAGCCGGAGAUCACAGAAGACAGUGAAGAUCACCAUCGCAGCAUCCGUCCAUGGUUCCUCCGUCGCUUCAUGGCUUUCUUUGUCCCCAAUUCUCUCUCCUCCGCCCUCCGCCGCCUCGUCUUCCUUCUCUUUCUCAUUGCCUUUAUCUUUCUCCUCUAUUCACUCCCCAUUGAUCAGUAUCUGAAAGAGUUUCUGCUAUGGGUCAAGGAGGAUCUUGGUCCUUGGGGUCCUGUUGUAUUGGCUAUCGCGUACGUCCCUCUCACAGUUCUAGCAGUUCCCGCAUCUGUACUUACGCUUGGAGGAGGUUAUCUCUUCGGAUUGCCAUUAGGAUUUAUAGCUGAUUCAGUAGGAGCCACAAUCGGUGCUACAGCUGCUUUUCUUCUUGGCAGAACAAUCGGAAAAACUUAUGUUAUGUCAAAGCUUAAGAACUACCCAAGAUUUCAGGCAGUUGCCAUUGCUAUUCAGAAAUCCGGGUUUAAGAUUGUGUUGCUGCUUCGACUUGUUCCUCUCCUUCCAUUCAACAUGUUGAACUACCUCCUGUCUGUAACUCCUAUUAACUUGGGGGCGUACAUUCUAGCUACUUGGUUGGGAAUGAUGCCGAUCACUUUUGCUUUUGUAUAUGUGGGAACAACAUUGAAAGACCUCUCGGAUGUCACUCAUGGAUGGAGUGAGGUUUCAACUGCUCGGUUGGUUUUUAUCGGACUGGGUCUAAUUGUGUCUGUGGUUCUUAUUAUGUCGAUAACCAAAAUUGCUAAAGCUUCUCUGGACAAAGCAUUAGCUGAAAAUGCUGAUGUUGGGUGCAUUUUGGCUUUGGAUGAGGAUUCAAAGCUUCCGACUGUGAAGGAGCCACCUUCGUCAGAUAUUUGGCAGCCUCUCGUUAUCAAAGUUGAUCCAUCUUAGAGAAGAUACUGAUAAACACAUUAUAUGUAUAUACUCAUUUUGAGUCUUAUAUUCAAUUGAAAAGACAACAAUGCGGAAAGAAAGAAGCGGGAGGAGUUUAGCGAUAGAUUAAAUUUUGUCUCUUUGUCACAUAGUUUCCUUGUACAGUAUUCUGAUUUAUGUUCACUACAACAUAGUUAAUUACGAACCUAAGUACAACGUAGUGCUUAGGUGUUGCUAUCUUGUUGUAACAUAGCGAUGCGGGUUUUUGUUACGCAAUACGCGACAUGCAUGGUUUUUCCCUUCAAAUUUUGUCGAGCAAGAAGAGUUAUUGAGCAGAUUUUAAGAUCACAUUUGAUUUGA